AAUAUUUUGAGGUUAGUUUAAAAUAAUAUUGAUUGAAAUUUCCUUUUUUACAAAAAUGUAUCACUAUUAUUAUUGUUUCAAAAAAUGUUCAACAAUUUAAUUGAUUAAAGCACUUAAUCUUAUAAAUAGGAUUUUUUAAAAAUUUGGUUUGAUUAUAAUCCUUUCAAAAUUCUUUUUAUAUACCUUUGCUUUUUAGCAAGAACAGUCAAUGAUAGUUGAUUUUUAUAAUAAUAACAUUUGAAACAUUUAAUAUCAGAAAAAAACAAAAAUGUUGUCUUGAUAAGCUCAGUGAAGAUAACAUUGACCUAAUUUUGACAAGUUUCAAUUCAAACCAAGUUGGCAAGUUUGCUGGUGUGUAUUGUUUUGAGAGCUUCAUUUAACAGGGCAAAGAAGUCAUAGUGAUACAGCUUUGAAUUGGUCAUGAUCAGCCAUGUUGAUUGUUAGAUCACAUGGGCACUACUCUCAUAUUACUAUGACUUUCAUAUUCACUUGGUAUAAAAGAAAAGUAUUGUAGUGUAUAAUAGAUAGGUGGGUGAAAAGUUCCUGCAACACCUAAGAAACAGAAUCAACAUUUACUAAUGAACUAAAUAUGGCAGCAGCAGGCAAACUUCAGACAGAGUUUCCACAAUUACCAAAGGAAAUUGUAGCAGACAUUUUGAUGCUGUGUCAUAACAAUGAACGUGAAGCAAGAGAACAGCUUAAAGAUAUGUGCUCCACUAAAACCAAUUCAAGCUCUGCAACAGGUUCUACAACACCCAAACGUUACACCUCAACUAAUGGUGCCAGCAGCUCAAGCUCACACUUGCCCACACCAAAACGCACACCAGCCAACCCAUCACCCAAGAAGCAGGUCAGAACUGCAUCACCCCAUCAUGCACCGACCAAAAAGAAACAAACGCCGCAGCCUACAGCUGCGAAAGAAAUCUCUGAGGCUGAAAAGACAAGAGCGUUUAACCAAAUAAAAACUGAGUUCCCAGACACAGAUGUGGAUGUUAUACGCAUAGCUCUGAAUCAUUGCAAUUAUAACUUAGAAGAAACAGCACUAUUGGUCUCAGCAUGGGAAAAAAAGAAAGGAGAUGAAGACCAUAGAAAUAAAGCAGUUGGAGAGGCCACCAGAAAUAAUACUAGCUCCAGUACAGCUCAUGUAUUUGUCCCACCUACUGCCUCUCUUGAGCCAGCUGGGCUAGACGAUGCAGCAGCUAAUAAACCACAGAGCCUCCCUCCUGCUCACGUUAAUCCUCACAGACCUGGUCCUAGGCCUGUGGCCAAAAGUGUUGCUGGGGAAAGUUCUGUGAUUGAAUCUCAUGCUGGUAAUGGUAAAGCUAAUAGUGCUCACCCUAACAGCAGUUCUUCCCUGUUGAUUGGAGCAAGUGAUGCCAACUCUGUCAUUGGUUCCUCUCAUCACCAUGCUCAGCAUGUAACUAGAAUGAGUGAGCAUCUGCUCAACACCACUAAUGACCUUCUUAACCAUCUGGCCACUACAGCCACAUGCUGUGCUGCUGAUGAUGAGGAAGUUGUGGCUGAGGUGGACGAUCCAUCAAGAGGUCACAGCACUACCCCCACUGCAGGGAAUUCUGCAGGUAAAGCAGCUACACAGUCUAAAGUUAUAGUCAGUCAGCCUACCGCUGUAACACCACAGGCAUCUCAUGCAGAAAGACAAAUUGCAACAUCUUCACUUAGGUCUGGUAACAAAGGUCCAAACUCAGACCUACGUAAAGGACCAGACAGCACUUUACUCACUUCAGAUUAUACUCACGUUAAUGGUCCAAAUGUAAGCCUCAGGUCAGGACCAGAUAAGAGCCGACUGUUGGGGCCAAAAGGUGCCCAUGGUCCAGACAUGUCUCUUCGAUGCGGCCCACAGUCAUCUUUGCUUCUAAAACAUCAUCAACUUUCAAGUUCGUUACCCCAUGUUGCCUCUUUAACUAUGGCUACCCAUAUCUAAUUAAGUGUGAUAGUCAUUGGAGUGCAGGUAGCAGAAACUUAAAGUCUGUGUUUGAACAUGUGAAUGUGCUAAAUCUUCUUGCUUGAAAUUAUUGAAGUUAAACAAUUUUUUUUAUUUUGUUCACCACCUAGAAAGUUUGAUCAAGCAUUGAAGUGUUUCUGUACUUAGCUUUUAAAAGUAUCCAAAUUUAUGGUGUAACUUAUAAUCUCUCAUGUAUUGUUUUUUUAAAUAUUUUUUUUUACAUUUCAAGUAAGUGUUGCUUAUGAACAUUUGACUAUUUUUUUUGUUGUCUUGUUAACUGUCGUCAGAAUGUUUUGUCUUCACUUGGGCAGCCAUUUUGAACGAACUUUUUUUUUUUAAAUAUUGGCCUUAAUAUUAGUCAAAUAUUUUAUGGACAUUGUGCUUUAAACCUUUCUAAGACUUAAUCAUAAUUUUGUAUCUUAUUACAACACUAGUUAAUAUUCAGUAUUAGCUCAACUUUUUUUUUUCAAUUGUCUUUUUUAAAAAAUGUUUUUCACACUUACUGUUGUCAUUACAAGAUUUUAGCAUGUGUCAUUAUUGCAAGUAAAAUCCUAUUAUCUGCAGAGUAUCUUUGAAGCCAUACCGGUAUCUAAUUUUUAUGGUCAUUGGCAUUUUCUUGGUGUUUUAUUAUAAAAGUUGCUUGCUAUAUACAUCAGUGUUGUCUCUUUUCAGAUUUGGUUGGACUUAUUGAUGUUUGACCUUUGAUGAGUCAUGAUUAUUUUUUUUUCGACAUCUGAAAAUAUGAAUAAUUUUGUCCAUAUUUACAUAUAAUGUGUACUUAACCUUAUGAUAUUUUAUAUCCAUGUGCAAUGUAAUAUUUUUCAACAUAUUUAAAUAUCUUUGUUGAAUGGUUUCAUGUUUAAAUUAAUUUUUUUUUUCUCCAGCUAUUAAAGAAUAAGAUGCCAUUAAGCAAUAUAA